UGGUGAGACGUUGACCCCCCUGCCUCCGCCGUUUUCCUUAUGGAAAGUUGUGGGGGCUCCACGGGGAAUACCUACCCAUCUUCCCCUCGUUUCUCUCCUCCCACCCCCCACCCCCACCCCUCGCCUACUUACUCGUCUCCUUUGUGUUGGGUAUCUGCGGGAACCAUGUCCAUCUUUCGUCCAACCCGGACUUGCAGAGAAGUUGGGGCUUUGCGGGGUUCGAAGUCCCCAAACAGGAACAAAUCAUACUAUAUGUUAGGUACAUAUUUCCCUCGUAGACUCGGUACAGGAAACUCGUGACAUGCGUCUGCGUUGCCGAAAGCCCAUCAGUUUCCCACGCGGCGGCUAUGCACCGACGUCGGUCUAACUGUAUCAGGCAUGCGGUUGGCGACACCUUUGUUCUCUGCUUGCUAUGUAGGGUAUGUAUGUAAGAAAGAGAGGUAUCUUAGUGUUAUUCAUUGGGUAUAUAUCAUGUAGAUCGCCCCCUCCUCUCUGUCUCUCCUGCAGGCUUUCGUUAAAACCUCUCAGACUUCAUUGCGCGCUCGUUCUCGUAUGAAAGAGACGCGUGUACAAGUCUGAGUGAGUACCUACAGUAUCUAGUGACAGAAUCGGUCGUGAGGUAUUGUUCCAAGCACGAAUGGCUAAGAUGGAGAGGCUUCCCGGCACCAAUGUGGCCAACCACCUAGAGAAGCGACAGCUUCUCAUCGCCAUCAACUGUAUCGCUGCGCUGUCUAUAUUCUUCUUUGGCUACGAUCAGGGUAUGAUGUCAGGAGUCAACAAUUCUAAGCACUAUAUCGAUCUUAUGGGCCUCGGGUAUGUCGACCCGGAUACUGACGAGCCUAUCAUCACGGAUAGUCUGCUGCAGGGUGGAAUUGUCUCGGUCUACUAUCUGGGAACUUUAUUCGGCUGUCUCGGCGGCGGAUGGGUCGGUGACAAGAUCGGUAGAAUCAAGACCAUCGCCUUAGGAUCGGUAUGGGCUGUCGUAGGAGCGAGCUUGCAAUGCUCGGCCAUGAAUCACAACUGGAUGAUCUGCGCUCGCGCUGUGAACGGCAUAGGAACUGGUAUACUUAAUGCCAUCGUCCCUGUCUGGGCGACCGAGACGGCCGAACACACUUCAAGGGGUCAAUUCAUCGCCAUCGAGUUCACUCUGAACAUCUUCGGUGUCGUUGUCGCUUACUGGCUCGAAUUCGGCUUAUCAUUCAUCGACAACGGCAACUCGGCAUUCAGAUGGCGAUUCCCCAUCGCGUUCCAAAUCAUCCCGCUUCUCGUGCUCCUAGGAGCAGUCUGGUUCUUCCCCGAAUCCCCCCGUUGGCUUGCCAAGGUUGGGCGCACCGAAGAGGCCCGCUUCAUCCUGCACCGGCUUCGAGGAUCGUCUGGGGAAGAUCUGCAAAGGGCUGAGGCCGAGUUGCAUGACAUUAACAAUAUAGUCGCGCUUGAGACCAAGGAGUCCAAGAAGAACUCGUACUUGCACAUGCUUUUUGGCAUUGGCUCGGGCGAGCUGCACACCGGCCGACGUGUCCAGCUUGUCAUCUGGCUGCAAAUCAUCCAGGAAUGGGUUGGCAUUGCGGGUGUCACCGUCUACGCGCCUACCAUCUUCCGCAUAGCUGGCUUUGACACCUUCAAGAGCCAGUGGAUCAGCGGUCUUAACAAUAUCUUUUAUAUGUUCGCCACUCUCAUCUGCGUUUUCACUUUAGAUCGUAUCGGCCGUAGGUGGACCUUGUACUGGGGUGCCGUCGGCCAAGGUAUCGCUAUGUUCCUUGCCGGCGCCUUCUCCAAGCUCGGCCAAGACGCGACUGCGAACGGAGACCUAGCUAAGGCCAGUUCUUAUGGAGCAGCAGCAGCGUCCUUCGUGUUCAUUUUCACAUCCGUCUUCGGUGCGACCUGGUUAACCGUCCCUUGGUUAUACCCGGCUGAAAUCUUCCCUCUCCAGGUCCGAGCAAAGGGUAACGCUUGGGGAGUUGUGGGUUGGUCGAUCGGAAACGGAUGGCUAACCCUUCUUUGUCCGGUCAUGUUCGCAAACAUUGGCUCCACGACACUUCACAUCUUCGGCGCGUGCAAUAUAUUGGCUAUUCCAAUCGUCUGGGCUCUCUACCCGGAAAGUAACCAGCGAACGCUCGAGGAGAUGGAUCUCCUAUUCGCAGCACCCACGCCCUGGGUUUGGGAUGCCGAGGAGACGUUUGCGCGACUCAAGGCAGAGCGACCAGACCUCGUUCAAGCUGCUAAGCGGGGCGAACAUGUAGUUGAUCCCGAGGCCGGCGUUCUAGUACAUCCGUCAUCCCCUAAGGCUGAGGCUGCGGCUAUCCACGCCGAAAGCGAGGGGAACGCAUCUACAUAGACAGACUAUUACGUCCAGUGCUGGAAGCGCAUACCAAAUAUCGACGUAAAUAAGUAUAUCUUCACCAUCCUAUAUUGAUCUUGGAGGGACGGUGUAUAGGUAUAAGGCGGUUGCCAAUUAUAUACCUAAUAGAUAAAGCUAUCUAGAAACGUAUAGACCGUAACUGUCUAAGAUUCGAAGUGGUAGAAUAGGAUUGAUACCCCCUUGAACUUUAGCGUAUAGCGUAUAGCCCAGGUUAAAUCAAUUAUAUUUUUGUGAUUGGA